UUGAAGACCAGUAGAGAUGCUGUCGAUGACAAAAAGAAGAAGGCCGGAAAUAAGGUGUUUUCUGCGUCGCAACCCGGUGGCCUAGCGAUCCAAACUCGUAGACCAAUGGUCAACUAUUUUAUUCUUCCCACAUUCAUUCUUCACGUGGUGGGGUUAGCCUGCCUUUGGGCUCUCUGGUACUACCUGCGGUUCACCACCGUCUUUCCAUUCCAUCAUCGCGUUUUCUACUGCCGUGAUGUGGAUCUGUACAAGCCGAACUAUGUACCUGAAGAUUUCAACGUCUACGUUUCUGAUACACUUCUGUACUCUUUAGGAUUUACGUUACCACCACUUGUGAUAUUCAUUGGCGAGGUGAUGUUCUGGCUUUUUUCAACGAAGCCGCGGAAAAUGGUGUAUGCGAACUGCGCCGAAUGCAAAGUGCACCUCUUCACGAGGAGACUUCUGAGAUUCAUCGCCGUAUUUCUGUGCGGUGCACUGGUGACGCAGAUCUUCGUGGAUACGAUUAAGCUGAUGACCGGUUACCAACGUCCGUACUUUCUCUCGUUAUGUAAUGUUUCAAUUAGUGCAUGUACGGCUCCACUCGAGCACUCACCAUCACCAUCUCCGCAUUUGGCCUGCAAUUUCCGAGGAGCGGACGAACUGAGAUACGCCUGGCUCACCUUUCCGUCUCUUCAUGCCGCAUUUUCCAGCUACUCUGCCAUAUUUGCAUCGUCCUACAUCUACUUCAUGAUCAACCUUCGCGGAGCGCCUCUGCUUCGGCCAUUCCUCAUCUUCGGUUUCAUCGGUCUGAGCAUAGUGGACUCAUUUUCGAGAAUCAACGGCUAUAAGAACCAUUGGCGUGAUAUCUGGGUCGGUUGGCUGAUCGGAUUCUUGAUCGCUUUCUUUUUGUGUUACUGUGUGCUAUGCUUCCAAGAAGUCUAUCACAUGGUGAUUGAGAAGACACCCGUUGUAGAAGAACGGGUGUCGCCUUUCUUCUCUUGGUUCCGACUCCCAAGGGUUCAAGCCCCAUCUGUUCGCGAGGAGUAUGUAGUUUACGAAGAAGACGUCCCACAAGCAGAAGCAGGACCACGCCGUCGGAAGGACCAGGAUCGACAAUACGAGGCAUGUUUCUAUUGCGUAUAUGACAACGAACAUAGAAAUGAAAUUUGUCUAAAAUUCCGCAAAGUAGCUUUUCGAGUGAUUUAG